AUGCAGUGCACUGCAUAUGUUGGUUAUCCCGUUGCAUUGGCAGAUGAUACUCAGGUGGAACAAAAUUUCAAAGCAGUUGUACAUAAUAAAAACUAUGAAGUAAACGAUCCUGUUCUAAGAUUUGCAAAUAUAAUUAAAGAAUGGGCAUUUGAAAUAAAGGAUCUGCCUGGCAGUAUUGUUCAAAAUUUUCAACCUGAUAAUAGCCCAGAAAACGAUUGGGUUAAUCUAUUUCGAGCUACGACGUACAAAGUGGGAUGCGCUAUUGUAACUUUUCAACUGAAUAACGAAAAAUUUAAAGAAAUAUAUGCAUGCAAUUAUGCACCUGCGAAAUUGAAAAACGGAGAAGAAAUAUAUAAAAAGGGAGAAACUAAGUGGUGCACUGAGUGUCCAGCUGAAAUGAAAUGUCAUCGAAGAUGGUUUCGUUUGUGCGCACCUAAGAAUGAUAUCGAUGAUGAACCAAAUGAGAUUUUAUGGCAAUGCGACUUUUCCAAAGGGAUGAUGGAACAAUGCCAAUACGUAAUUCAAUGCAGUAAAGACUGGAAGACAGUUUGUGGAUUACAUACUUGCCAUGAAGAAAUUACGACAAACAAGCCAAAGUCUUCCCUGUUGUUUACGGUGCCUAUUUUAGUAAAGGACCAAGCUUGUCUAAGAUUUAAUUACAAGAAAAAUCAUUUACCUACAAGUCAACGUGAAAGUACGUUAACUGCUAUCGCUGUAUGGAAUAAUGGAAAAAAUUACACAUCGUUAAAAAUAGAUGAGGAUGUUAAUAUAUGGAUGCCGUAUAGUCUUAAAAUUCCCGUGAAAAAUAAAAAAAUUCAGGUUGGAUUUGUCGUUCGUAAAAUAGGUAAUUCCGAAGGGCAAACAAUUUCCAUUCGAAAUUUAGUCGUUUUAAGUGGAUCCUGCUAACGCAUUCGAAAAGGAGAUAUUUUCCAAAAAAUAUUUCUUUACAAUAUUUUUAAUUUGGAAGUCUCUCCGUCUAUAUUUGUAACAGAAAUUGCCAAAUUUAUUGUAGUUAGUUUAUGUUUAAUUAAAACGAUGAAAAUCUCU